GCGUAGUCAUAAUUAUAGUUGCAUCUACUUCAGCAUUGUACCCUUCGGCCUCGAAGAUAUUAGCGAGGCAGGAGUCUUCGAUUUUCUUAAUCAUGUCGGAACCGGAAUACAGUGUCGUCGUCUCACUCUAUGGUGAGAAUAUUCUUUCCGUGCCCCAUAAACGAUUCCUGGUAAGGCCGGCAUUGCUUACGAAGUCCGUCACAGAACUUGCGAACAGGCAAGGGCCAUUAAUUUUCCGGGCUCUGGCAUCUUGUAUACUUCAAAGAUCCAGGCAUGGCAGGAUGCCCAGUCAAACUCGUGUCGGGGCACACGAUAGAAGUUUGCGAACAUAAAGAUUGACCGAACUCUACAGGUAGUUCCCGCGUGUCGCUGACGCAAAC